CUUCCGCAGUCGACUCGCCAGUUGACACGAAACGUGCACACAUUGUUUACCAUUUUUCAUGCGUCACACUGAGUCAUCGUCAAAGUUUUCAAUCUGGAUUUAGCAGUAAAACAAUAUUACUCCUGAAGUGCUAUGCAUAAUUCAGAGGCUGAUGGAGGAUCUUUCCUCCUGUACGAGCAAGACGGAGUUCUAUUGACUACGAAAGGAAUUAGUGGAGACAGUUCUAAUCUUCAUCUAGGAAAGUUACGCAUCGUUAAAGAGAAAACAGGAAUAUACAUGCUAUGGUUAAGUGAGGAAAACAUUGGAGGUCCCCCAUUCUCUGGAUCAGCAGAAACUGAUUGGACUGUGAUUAACCCUAAUCAAGGCUCUGUUGGGUAUCACAGUAAUGGUAUCGGAAGGCCCAUACGUUUUGAAGUAGAGGAUUUGAAGUGCAUCUGUUUGUCUCCAUUAUCUGAAAGCAGUGGCCAACCUAGAAGACACAAUAGUGGGGCCAAAGCAGACCCUGCAAGGACUUGCAAUGUAACAUUUGUGCAAACUGACGGAACAACAUAUUCUAACCUUAUUUUUCCCGGUGGAUCAACAUCUGGUCUACUUGAUGCUCUUACACAGCAUUUAGUGUUGAAACGAUCUUGCCAUGAUGACUCGAUGAUUUUGUGUGAACCCAAAUCCCCAAAAGCAAGAAGAGAUCCGUAUGAGCGAUCACUAGCUGAACUCCGCCUUUUCCCGGAUAAAAACCCUGCCGCUAUGCAUUCAGCCAGCUAUGCUAGAUUAGGCCAGUUGGGUCAAAUUGGUGUUGGAGCCUGGAGAUUCGUAAAUGAUCUGAAGAGAGAUCCUUACACUGCAACAAUGACAGCUUUUUCAAAAAUAUCAGAUUACUUACUGCAUGAAGAGGAAAAGGCAAACGAAGACAUCGCAGAAUUACUUCAUAAGAGUUUGUCAUUGGAUGAACCCACAACGGCUGUUCAACGCGUUCCCAUUGCCAACUACGAUGCAGAUGAAAACACGGUGCUUGUGGGUAGCUCUGAUUCUUCUGUUGAAGGGUAUGAAGUAAUUCAACCUCCAGUGGCAGAUCUGAUUUCGAGACCGAAAGUUCUACGAGGGCAACCCUUAACCGAAGUGGAGUGGCAAACCUAUUUCGAUGAUGAAGGACUGAUCCAGAAUUCAGAGGAGAUUCGCCGCAAAAUAUUUUCAGGGGGAAUAGAGCCGUCAAUCAGAAGCGAAGUCUGGAAAUUCCUUUUAGGCUACUACCCCUGGAACACAAGCCAGGUUGAGAGGAAAGAGCUACGUGACACAAAAGAAGAAGAUUACUUCCGCAUGAAGCUUCAAUGGCGUUCAAUGUCUGCCGAUCAAGAAUCUCGUUUUGCCGCUUUCAAGCAACGAAAAGAUUUAAUUGAAAAAGAUGUUAAUCGAACAGAUCGAACAAUUCCCUUUUAUGCUGGUGAGAAUAAUGCCAACGUGUCCACCCUUCGUGAUGUUCUCAUGACGUACAUGAUGUACGAUUUCGACUUGGGAUAUGUUCAGGGUAUGAGCGAUUUGUUAGCCCCGCUUCUCUACGUUCUAGAUGACGAGGUAGAUGCCUUUUGGUGUUUUGUGGCAUACAUGGAGCGCGUAAAUUUGAACUUCCAGCUAGACCAGGCCGGUAUCAAGCGACAAUUGAGCCAACUUCGAACACUAGUGCAAGCUGUUGAUCCUCAUUUGGCCUCCUAUCUGGAUACUCGCGACUCUGGCAACUUGUUUUUCUGCUUUCGCUGGCUCUUGGUUCUCUUCAAGCGCGAGUUCAACUACCCCCAAAUUCUGCGCUUAUGGGAAAUCUUCUGGACAGAUGGGCCAUUCCACGGCGACUUAGAUUCGUAUUCAUCAUCCAAUUUUCACCUAUUACUCGCCCUUAGUAUUUUGGACAGUCAAAGGAACACUAUCCUGGAAAAUCGUUUUGGAUUUACUGAAAUACUUAAGCAUGUAAACGAUCUGGCGUUGUACAUUGACCUGGAAGAUGCGCUAGCAAAAGCUGAAGGAAUUUUCAUACAAAUUAAAGACUCUCCUUCGGUUGGUAAAGAAGUCCGUAGCGUACUCGGACUUAGAGAAACGAGCGGCUCAUCUGAUGACAGUCCAUCUUCGAAUAGUACGGAUUAUCUAUCUGAGGAGCGCUACGAAACUGCGCUGGGCCUUCAUUAUCUGUAAAGUACUGAUUACGAUUAUAGCACUAUUUUCACGUUGUAUUUCUUGAGUGGUUAUAAUCCACGCGGUUUCGUUAAUAAUAAGGAUAUAGUU